CAGCGGUAAAUAAACAAACGGAAAAAUUUUUCUUUUUCGAAUUUUUUGAUUCAGUAAUUUAUUUCUUGCUUCUCAACUGCAAGUCUCCGGAUUCCUCGAGCUUUCUUUGUGCGCUUUUCUAAUCUUAUUUCGCCAAUAUGCGUUUUACGGGAUUUUAUCGUCAGCGUGAUGCGGGACCCAGCAGCGGUACCACAUCCAAUCCUACACCGCCGGGCUCGACGCCGAAGUACACCAGCGCCUCCACUCCGCCACCACCUCCUCCCCGUGCCUCGACAGCAUCUGCGCCCAAAGGCGGCAUUCCCGGCGUAGCCCUGUUGGCCGGUGGAGUAGCCAUCGCCGGUGCCGGUGCUUAUUAUUAUUUCUAUUACAGCAAGACCGGGCAGAAGCAGCUGUCAGCCAUUAAGGGCGAGGUAGACAAAGCCAAGAGCGAAGUCAAGGACAAAGUAGAGGACGCGAAGGAUGCCGUCAAGGGGAAGGUGGAUGAUGCCAAAGAUAAGGUGAAAGGCAAGCUGGAUGAUGCUAAGGAUAAGGUUAAAGAAAAGGCUGAUGAUGUUAAGAAGGCGAUGAAGUAGGUUUUCUUGCGCGAUUUGAUUUGAUUUUGGGCCGCAGUGAUUUUUCCACACUUCGCACUGGUGCAUGGAUCGAUGGAACUGUAAUUUUAUUCGUUUCUUGUUUCUUUUAAAGAAGAUAGCGCGUUUCCGGAUGUUUUUAGUUUUACUUUAGAUUGGUGUUGGUUGAAGUGUUAUACGAUCGCUCUCAUUGAUAAUGGUUGAAGAAGAAUCGUAUAAAACAUGAAAAUUAAGCAGA